AUGGGUGCUUGUGUAUCUUCCUCGAUCGAUAAGUCGGCUUGUGCCUUUGUUGUAUCACUCAAAGGCGAACUAAUCCAGUACCCGACACCUAUCUUUGUCUCCGAGGUACUACAAUUUGAAAACUCUUCUUCCUUUCUCUGUAAUUCGGACACCUUGUACUGCGACCAACGUAUCCCUGCCUUGGAUCCAGAAGACCAGCUUGAUGCGGGUCAGAUUUACUUUAUUCUACAAAACCCAAUGCUUAAUCGCCGUCUUACUGCCUCAGAGAUGGCUGCGCUUGCACAUAGAGCCAGUCUUGCUCUUGAUUCACAUUACUCGCACAAAAGGAACAAGAACAAGAACAAGGCUCGUAUAUCGCCUUUGGAAACAACUCAUUUCACUAAUGAUGAAAACAACGUUCCAUAUAAGCAGCCGCAGAAGCAGAGUAUUGGUGGCUUACGAGUGUCCAGGUCUGGAUCCAUCCGCCGGAGAUAUUCUUCAAAGAAAGCUCGGUUGGCUACCAUUCGAUUGUCUACAAUAUACGAAAACGAAGGGUGUGAGGAGUUGCAAUCCAUGACAUGA